AACUUCUCCUAUUUUUUUCACCUCCCCAUUUUCUCUCCUGCGAACCCCAUGGCCGGAAUCGGAACCGCCCAAAACCACAGCUCCGACCACUCACUCUUUCGCACCUGAAAAAACAAAAACAAACCCCCCUAUGGGUAGAGCCUUCAAGUGGUUCCGCGGCCUUCUGGGUCUCAAAAAACCCGACCCGACACCCGAGCCCCCCCGGCCCAGGCCCAAAUGGCGCUUCGCCAAGUCCUACAGAGACAAGCACAAACAAAGCCUCCCCCAGGACGACCACGCCGUCGCCGUCGCUGCCGCCACGGCUGCCGUCGCCGAAGCCGCCGUCGCGGCCGCCCAGGCUGCAGUCGCCGUCGUCAAGCUCACCAGCAGCGGCCGGAGCGUGGCGGCCUACUUCCACGACGGCCACUGCGACUGGGCGGCGAUCAAGAUACAGGCUGCAUUCCGAGGAUUUCUGGCGAGGAAGGCGCUGAGAGCGUUGAGAGGGUUGGUGAGACUUCAGGCUUUGGUUCGGGGCCAUAUCGAGAGGAAGCGAACGGCUGAAUGGAUACAGCGAAUGCAGGCGUUGUUAAGGGCACAGGCACGCGCACGAGCAGGGCGGAGUCAAUCUUCUGAGGUUUUGCAUUCAGAGAUUAAGUCUUCUAGCUUCUCUCCUCUGGAUCCAGCUACCCCAGAGAAAUUUGAACACAGCCCACAUACUAAGAGCAGCAGGUUUAAACAGAUGCAGAGGAGUGGGUCGAGAUUCACAACUAUUGAUGUUGAGAAGAUUGAUAGAAUCCUUGAAAUUGAGAAUGAGAAAACUCACUUCAGAUUGAAACCCAAGAAUCUGUUUAGUUCCAUCAAACUUGCUCUAUCUUCUGAGCUGCCUUCAAAAGAGCCUGCAACUGCAGCUUAUCAUUCUGUUGUGCUCACUCCAUUUUGCUAUGAAACCCAAUGUUUUAGUCCAUUGAAAUUCUCUCAUGAAGUUGAGGAGAGCUCCUUCUUCUCUGUCUCAUCGAAGGGUGCUAGUACAAUAAAGAAAAGCCCCUUCACUCCGACCAAGAGUGACAGUUCGAGGAGCUAUUUCAGCGGUGACUUGGAACACCCAAGCUACAUGGCCUGUACUGAAUCUUCAAGAGCCAAAAUUAGAUCUCACAGUGCCCCUAGACAGCGGCCUCAGUACGAAAGAUCGAGUUCGGCAAAGCGGGGCUCUGUGUAUGGCUUUGGGGAAUCAAGAUUGACUGCACAACAGGUAUCAACAUUGCAGUCGAAUUUUGUUGGGAAAGCCUACCCCGGUUCUGGUCGCCUGGACAAACUCGGGAUGCCUGUGGGUUACCAAUACUGAUGCUUUCUAAUUUCUCAUUCCUACCCCCUCUACUUUACAAGAGUGGUAGCCUUAUCUUGCUAACUUAUAUUAGUCGUCCUAAUAAUUAAUAUGCAAGGAUCGGAUUCAAACUUUGACACCCGAGGAACAGACAAGUUUUCAGUCUUAGAGGCUAGAACUAGAAAGACAUAUCAUUGUUCUUAGAAUUGAAGUUUUUCAUGUCAGUAGGUUUCUUUAUCCAUGGUAAUGUAUGUUCUGUUGUUCUGUUUC